ACCGGAUUCCUGACAUGUUAGGGAGCUCUGCAGUGCCAUUGCUGUGGUUAUAGGUUACGCCAUGUGUAAGUUACGAGUGAUGGUGGGUUCAAUUUCACAUAAACUGCACAACACACACAUCACACAUUGAUUGGAACAAAUGUCAUGAUGUGUGCCCCCGUUGAUGAGUUCUUUCAGUCAGGUGGGAUAGUGGUCCUGAUGCGACCAGAUAGUCCUGGUGUAACGCAUAGGUUUUCCUCGUCCAAUUUAGUCUGUUUAAUAACGCAUGAUGGAACAUAAAUAUGACAUAUAUUUAUGUUGUAUAGUGACACAUUACAAUUUAUGUAGAUUCUACAGUAUUUGUUUUUUUUAAUUCAGAUUUAACAGUCAUAACAAGUUGUUAACGCCUUUGCGUUUUAUGUGGCGAGGGAAGAAACCGUAGAAUUUAGUCCGAAUGUGACCUUGAUUGGGCCAAUCUAACCGAAAGCGGUUGAAGUUGGAAUAUUUUCGACGUUUUAUGACUGUUUAAGUUGUACAAUUUUAUCAGGAACAUUCUUUCGCUGAUAACAUCCUGAAGUUUACUCCCUUUGUUAGAAGCGGUUCAAACCUGUUCACAAACUGGCUGAGGGACUCACGGGGGGAGACAGACCUCUGUCGCCUCUGAUUGGUCUGAACUCCCACGUGUAUAUGGGAUGACGUCGUUGCGUCUGAGGAAAUGACAAUUCGAAAGCAUGCAAUUUUGUCAUCAAUUUGCUGUUGUUACAUUUCCAUAGUGUACUGUAAAACGAGUAUAUAUAUAUAUAUAUUGCCUAAAAAAUACAUAGGCCUUUCCUCAUAAAGUAAUUGAUAUGUUACAACAAUUACAGUAGUACUGAGGUUGAGGCUGAGGUUCAGUUUCAGUCUAUAACAACAGUCCCAGUGAUAUUUGCAUAAUAGCUGUUCUAGUGGGACAUGUAAACGGAUACAGCUAGGAUUAAUUCAGCAUCUUUACAGGGCAUAACAACACCAAGAGAUUUGAAGGAAAAACUAUCCCAUGGUUAGUAUACACUCGUAAUAAAAAUACACUCUUGACAUAAGACAGCAAUACAAACAUAUAUAUGGCAGAGUAAGUUCCUAUCUCAUAAUUAGGACAGUAAAUGCACCUCUGUGUGGGCGAAUCAGGCUGUCGUUGCCAGGGUGAUGUCUGAGAGCUGAAGCAAUAUUUUCUCCAGAGCAAUUGUAUCCACCACAAUAUACCAUCGCCAAGACCUCCAGCAGAAGAUUGGUUGUCUUCUCGGCGACUCACCGAACCUACCGGUACCCUAAAUUCAGAAUAGCCUUUACGAAAACAACGUUAAUCGGUAGGGUUCCUUACAGAUGUAGGAUCUUCGUUUGAUCACCGUCUUGAAGGAGGACCUUCCUGCAAUGCAGGACAGUUUUUACUUUUGGUGUAUUUGAGGUUUCAAAGGGAAUCUGAAGUUUGUAAUUUCCACUUUGAAAUUUCAGACUUGAUUUUCCCUUGUGAACCAAAUGUAUCAACCCCUACCAAAAAAAUUUAUAUUAAUUAUAAUCCACAUAAUAAUUUGCAUUUCCUGUUGCUGCCGGAUUGUUUUCAGAUGUAGCAACCUGGCUCAAAAUAAGAUCCUAAAUCUGUAUGUAGCUGGCUGGUAAAUGAUGUCAUGUAUGUGCUGAUUAUCUGUUUACCUCAGAGGUGUGCAACAGAUUUGAACUGGAAAGCUAAAUGUUGUGUAGGCUUGUGUUCCAGGCCCACACUAACUCACCCUAUUGGACUAAUUGUGGUUUAAAUAGUACAUCUGUGCAAUGCAGGACAUUUUACAUUUGUAGCGUAUUUGAAGUAAAAAGGCUUCUGAAGUUUGUAAUUUCCACGUUGACAUUGCAGACUUUAUUUUCCCUUGUACUGAUCCCGGCAAAGAAAUGUCAAUGAAUAACGAUCCAUAUAAUAAUUCACAUUUCCUGUUGCUGCAGGAUUACUUUCCUGUUGUAGCAAUCUGGCUCAAAUUAAGACCCUACAUCUGUAGACCCAGGUGUGUUAGUGCUGGGCUGUAGCUCUCCUGGACCAAAGCUGCCUGCCGGCUACACUGCUUUUAUCUCACUUGGUGUUGAAGUACAGUGCAUUCGGAAAGUAUUCAGACCCCUUCACUUUUUUCCACAUUUUGUUACGUUACAGCUAAAAUUGAUUGAAUAAAUGUUUUUCCUCGUCAAUCUACCCCAUAAUGACAAAGCAAAAACGUGUUUUUAGACAUUUUUGCAAGUGUUUAUUCGUUUUUUAAUGUUUUCCUAGUUUUUGUUGCACUGUAAUAACCCUCAUUGAUGCUGUGUGUUGAUUGAUUGAUUGCCUCUGAUGAAUUUGUCAAAUAAAACAUGCUGUUGGUUUUUUAAUAAAGAUGCGUAAAUGUACCUGCUCUCGAGUCCCUCUUUAUUUACCUCAGAUACUAAAGUCCAUCUCUGCUGGCUCUCUGUUUUGUCUGUGAGAAUAACAUGGCUGCUUCUACUGCUGCAUGGCAUGAGGGUUUUUUGGUGAAAUCUCUCCCCCUCUGUCUCUCCCUCCCUUUCUCUUUCCCUCCUCCCUGUAUAUAGCUCCCUGUCUCUGUUCCCUUUUUCUUUCUGUCUCUCCAUCCUCCCGUAUAACAGAGCACACGGUCAUUCAUAAAGGGCCUUAGUCGAGGGGCGGGACCAGGUUAGCUUUGUUCCAAUGGGAGGCCGAGUAGUAAUGUGUCUGUUGGAGUAGCCGGCUGAAAAUCCACUGCUCAUUCUGGUUCAUACCGGUAUGCGCCUGCUCUCCUCACUCUGCCGGUGUGACUUGACAACCACACACACCCACACACAAUGUUCUCUACACACACACACACACACACACACAAUGUUCUCUGCUGACAAGAUAACAUGCGGGAGUGCCGAGGUGGCAGGAAACAGAUCUAUACACACAUCAACAUAAACAUUUAUCGAUGACAUGUAGAUUGAGGAAGUGAAAGGGGAUUCGUGCUUCCUCUGCCUGGGUGUGUCUUCUCCGCUUUGUACUGUCUGAAAUGUUCAUGGAUUAAUGGACAUUUUGUAUUUCACGCAUCGAUGACAUGACUGGAUGAAGACAGUCCAGAGGAAGCCCUGACUGUUCUCAACACAGGAUUACACGAGUUCGCAUUCAGCUUCCUGCUACCACAGAUGCCCCUGGCCACGUCAUUUGAAGGGAAGCAUGGCAGUGUGAGGUACUGGGUGAGAGCAGAGCUCUACAGACCAUGGCUGCUGCCUGUCAGAGUCAAGAAAGAGUUCACUGUCUUUGAACACAUUGACAUCAACACACCACUGCUACUGGCCCCUCAAGCUGGCACUAAGGACAAGACCCUGUGUUGCUGGUUCUGUGCCUCAGGACCCAUCUCACUCAGCGCCAAGAUAGAGAGGAAAGGAUACACACCAGGUGAGUCCCUCCAGAUCUUUGCGGAGGUGGAGAACUGUUCGUCCAGGGUGGUGGUGCCCAAGGCAGCGCUGUGCCAGACCCAGACCUACUUCGCUAAGGGCAAGGCUAGACAGCUCCAGCAGCAGGUGGCGGCCCUGCGUGGGGACACCCUGUCCCAGGGGAAGAGCCAGAGCUGGGAAGGAAAACUGCUCCACAUACCCCCGGUCUCCCCAUCCAUCCUGGACUGUCCACUCAUUAGAGUGGAGUACUCACUGAUGGUGUAUGUGGACAUCCCUGGGGGGUUGAACCUGUCUCUGUCGUUGCCGUUGGUGAUAGGGACCAUCCCCCUCCACGCAUUCACCAGUCGAACCAGCAGCAUCAGCAGCUACUGUUGUACCGUCAGCUGGCCAGAGAGACCUGAGGCUCCCCCCAGCUACAGUGACCUGGCGGUGACAGAGGAGCAGAGGCGAGGCUGUCUGGAGCGCUGUGAGGGUUCAGAGGUCAACCAAGAGGGCCAGGGAACGCUGCAAGCUUACAUCACAGAGUUCAGAUUCCAGCCCCCACCUCUCUACUCCGAGGUUGACCCUAACCCAGAGCCGAGCUGUGGAGGUCAGGAGACCCGACCCCUGACCCUCUCGCUGAGGACAACACUGACCUGCUCAGAGCAAACAGGCAACUACACAUACAGAUGAAUCCAACAUGGCCACCAUUAUAGCCCCCUACUGGAGCCAGUCACCUACAGAUGGAUCCAACAUGGCCACUGCUACAGACCCCUGAAGUGGGACCAACAUGGCCGACUCAUCCUUAGUUUCCUCAGGAUGGGGUCCAUUGAUGUUAACAGACACAGGGAUGUCAGCUGCGAGAGACACUGUGUGGAGAGGCCAGGAGAUGCCUCAGUCUGACCAACAUGGCGGUUUUCUGCUGGUCAGGAUGAACAGAUAGUGCCUAGACCCAGCUUCUGAUACAUAUGACCAUUACAUGGCACAUCUAAGACUAGCAAGGAGAAGAGAGGAAGAAGAAAAGGGAGAGAAUCCACUGUUGGACUGUUGGAAACAGUGGUCAGGAAUCUCCUCCAGCCUCAGAGUGAAUUUUGCACAUGCCUUUCUCGUUGUUUGUCUACUUAACUUCCACAGCUUUUCUUCCUCAACGCUCAUAUAUGCUGCAACGUGGCCGUCGUUUUCUUACCACGUAACCCGAAACCGAACACAGACUCUUUUAGAACAAACUAGGAAACAAAUGAAAAUAGAUGUGUUUUUUUUUUAGAUGUGUUCAUGUGUCUUGGGUUUCUUGACUGGGGUGAAAUGCAUGGUGAAAUGACCAGUGUGUGACAGACACAGGUGAAGCACUCACUCCCACUCUGUCUUUCUGGUGUCUUUCCUCACUACACCCUCCACAGAUACAGUGCCCUACAAAUCACCUGUUUGAUUGUAGUAUAUGGACAUAUGACACAGAGAGAAGCUCUGUGUCACAUAAGAUGGAGAGCAACAGACGGAUGUAAAAAAAAAUAUAUUAAAAAAAUUGUUGAAAAGGUCAAUUGUGGUUUUGAAAACAAAAUGAGUCCAACCGAGAUUGUAAUUCAAAGAUUAGCUCUACUUCCAAACUGAUACACAGUGCAAAAUAUUUUUGUAUUUGUUGUUUUUCUAUGUUUGUGUACGUGACACUAUUAUUGCCAUUACGGAAAUUACUGCAAUCACGAUCUUCCUUUGUAUGAAAUAAAGAAGUCCUUUUGUAGA